UAACCUGUUGUGCGCGUAUCGACCGGCCGGGCCGGGGCGAGGCAGUCUCGGCCGCUCUGCCGUCGUCGUCGGCCGCCAGUGCCGUGCCGUGCCGCUCCCGUGCCGUACCCGUGCCGUUCCCGUGCCCAGUGCAGUUCUUGUGACCGAAAUGCAGUUGCCGGCAACAAGCCGGCCGCACUGAGACAAACGCUUCAGAUAUGCUCCAGUCGUUACUUCAGCCAAGAGAUAAUCAGCGGUGCCUGGUGUUGUACAGCGAAGAUGAUUGGUGCUAUGCCAGCGGUGGCGGUUCGCCAUGAGCGACGACGCAAUGAGAAACGAGGAGGGGGAGGGGGGCGGAGACCAUCGCAGCUGCCUCUGCAGCUCGGCCGACCCAUGGACGCUGAUGCCACGCCCUCGCCGGACCAUCAUCGGCUGAGGAAUGAGCUCUACGUGUGUGGCAAGUAUGCGCAGGUGGCAGCCCUUCACGCGGUGGUGGGAUCCCUUCUCCUAGGGAUCGUGGUACUGGUGGUGGGGUUGGUGCAGUUGUCACCAGGAGCUGAAGCUGCUCAGCAUCGAUACUAUCUGAUGGGAGCUGGUGCCGCGCUGGUCGGGGCUGGCAUUCUUGGCGCUGUACUUAGAUGCAUCUGCCUGCACUGGUACAACCGCAAAUUCCGUCAGGAGACCGAAGAGGACCCUGAGCCUACCACCCACAAGAACGGAGUCAGCGUCGUGGACGGUGGACCCGACCACAAGUCUGGCCAUCACGACCACAAGGGACACGACCACAAAGGUCACGACCAUAAAGCCGGACAUGACAAGACACCGCACGAACACAAAGGCCACGACAAGACUCCGCAUGAGAAUAAGGGCCAUGACAAACACGGACAUGAUCACAAAGUCGUUGACAAGCCAAAACUGAAGACUCAGGCCAGUGUGGGACGCGACGUAGACCUGAUCAAGCAGCCGUCGGCCGCCAGCGACACCUAAGCUAAGUCCCGACCACUAGGCUAACGUAUGUUAAGCGUUCGUGUAACGUGUGUAACGGAACGGGUGAUCCCGCAUCAUUUACUAGUAUACUUUGUAUGUCGCGGCAAUGUUGGUUGUUUAUUCAUUACUCGAUAAUAUUAGAUUUGUGUCUCUUGACAAUAGAUUUCUGGAUUCGUCUGUCAACUGUCUUCAGUAAUUUCUUGCCUCAUUCUUUAGCAGUCAGUUUCAUAACUAUGAUCGCAAAGAUGUACUUAUUUUCUUCAGCUCUUUACUAAGGUCGGAUUGAAAGUUCCACUUUAAUCUGGAACUUCCCGUACUUAACGUGACCUUUUCCAAUAACUUAUUCAUACGGUACGCCACUGGGCGUACUCAUAUUCCCAGUCGCGUUUUCAAAUAGUUUCACGACCACACUCCACGUCUGCUGACGUCAAACUCGCGUUCAACAAACUAACAAACACUAACAUUUUAAUUUGAUAAUCUACUCAAGUAUUAUCUAAGAUAAACAGUUUAUUUUCGUAUAACGUUACUCGGAACAUUCUAGUACUUAGAUUUUAGUAGAGUCUACUAAAAGUAAUUUUAAUGUACUAUUUAAUUUUUAAUUAAAAUCUAUCUUGUAUGGAUUUUGAAAAUGGAUCCGCCGCCAUUAUGCAUGUCUGUGUUAGCAGUUUGCGUGAAUGAGUGACAAUGUCGUGUUUGUCGCGUUUGUGUCGUGGCGACUUUAUUCUUCAAACUCCGUACAAUUGUUUAAUCGUAAAUCUUCCAGUCUGUUCUCACGUAUCCCUUACUGUAAUUUAACUUGUAAAUAUUUUGUAAUGUGUCUACAUAAUUAUUGUCUUUUGUAUGUAAUAUUAUGGUAUGUAUACAAUGUUAGUUACAUAUCAUUUUAAUUAGGAUUUACCAUUUAUUCACACGUAGCUCUCACCGAUCAUUUGAUAUUUUUAAAUCUUUACUUGCUUCUUUAUUUGACACGUCAAAAUUUUCAAAUUGGGAAUAUUUAUAAUUUCUAAGUAAUAUAUUUUUGAAAAAUUUACAACCAGUACUUGAAAAAUAAAAUUAGUGAAUUUAUUUUUUUAGUUUAGUGGCCCCUAAACAAAAAUUUUAAAAGCAAUUUGUUUGAACAAAAAAAUGUUAUCAUUCUAAAACCUUACCGUCCGUACGAACAGAAUGGAUUUUAUAAAAUAAUAUUACUUAACUGCAAUUUUAUUAAACGAUAAACAAUUUAUAGAACACAUGAUUGCGACCAUGUACUAUAACUAUGUAUAUUAUAAUCUUAUUGCAUGCAGUUGAUACGAAAGAGCUUAGUAACGAAUUCAAAUAUUAUAGUAGUUCUGUAUUCAUCAUAAACCAGUUCUUACAAUUUUCUUUAGUACCUCAAGUGUGCUCAUUAAAAAGUAAAAACUCUAUCAUUUCUAACGCGACUUAUUCAUUUUAAUUUCAAGUAAACUGACUGGCGACCCUUCUACAUGUUAUAAGAUGGAAUCUAUCUCAUCUAUCUUUUUUUCUUCUUCUAUUCUGUCUUGUAACUCAAAAUUCCAUUGUCCUUAAACUCUGUCUAUCCCUUCUUUCGGAUAUGUCCCAGGCACCUUUUCUAUCUACGUAGUUUUAACAAGUACAUAACAUUUUAAUCAUUAUAAAGAAUAUAACAAUAUCAGUACAAUAGAUGUUGGUGUUACAUUUGAUGUCGUGUCUCGGUGUUUAUUAUUAACAAUUAAAUAGACCAAUGUAUCAUCAUCGUAUAAGAUAUUAUCAGUAAACUAAUGUAAUGGAAUGUGGAAUAUCAUUGUUCAUGUAACUUCACCGUUCGUCAUUAGAAAACGUUACGAUUAAUUUCGAUAUUUUAGAAAACCUUGGAAUUUUUACCCUAAGAGACUGAGAAGCGUGUUCUAAAAUAAAUUUUCAAAGAUAUAAUUAUUUAACAGUUUUAAUUGUUUACCUUCUAUGGUACAAUGAUUUGAUAGUCAUCGAUUUACAACCAUUUCGUUUCUUAUAUAUUUUGGGAUACGGAUUGAAUUCAUUACCAUCUUGGGGUCCAAUGUCUGGUCCAGAAACAAAAAUAACAAAUAUGUAAUCGGAUUAUGAAUGCUUAUUCGUUUUGAUAGACGCACUAUAAACUCGCUCGUUUAUUUUAUAAGGUUUCUAUUGUUUAAGAAUUAAGUAUUAGUUUAUUUUUAUGUUCUGUGGGAGACGCGGAAAACCUUUUUAUUGUGACUGGGUAAUUCGAAUCAUAUAUUUUAUAAGAAAGCUAAAUUAUUUUAUUUCGAGUCUUUGCAGGUUAUUUAAAUUGAUUGGAAUUUGAUGGAUUGGAUAAAAUGUAUGAUUCGAAGUUGAUAUAGCCAAAUACUCAAGUAACACUAUCAAAGUGAUAUUUGAGUGUUUGAGCAAGUCUACUAAAGUCGGAUUUAUGGUACUUAAGAAAUGAAUUAUAGUUAUAAUAAGUUAAUUUAUUAGAAGUAAUAAUGAAGACAUUGUAUGUUGUACUGGUGUCAAUGUUUAAUGAAUGUUUCUUUUAUAUGAGAGUAACUGGCGAACGCUUGGUGGUUUGGGGCUGAAGAUUCAUAAAAAAGUUACCGUAAUACAAAUUGAGAACCGACAAUUUGAAAGGAUUUUUUAAAUUGACAAACAGACCUGUCACCUCCGAAAGUACUAGGGCGACAUAAAUGAUAAGAGCAUGACUUGUUCCACUCCAGGUGAGGCGUACGCCAGUCGUUCCCACAAAGUAUUCCAUAAACCUAAUAAUAUUACGUUCGUUGAUGUGUUAGGAUAAGAACAAACUAGUGUAUUGUAUUAUAACUGGUAAUUAUAGUGUAUUAUAUUAUAAAAUUAAUUUGUAUCCACGUUAAGAGCUUUAGCGCCAGAAUUUCGCUUAAGAAACGUUGCCAAAGAAAUUAUUUAUUUUUACAUGCUUAAUUAUAAUUAUUUGAACGACAUUAUGCUUGGAUUAUAAUUUAGGGAAAAAACUUCUUAAUUAUACCUGGCCGCAUUUAUCUUCUCUAAGUGUCAGUUGAUGUUCUAAAUUUAAAUCCAAGCAUUCUGAUUGGUCAACUGAUCAUAGCCGAAUUAAAAUUGUUGAAGAAUUUAUAAUAUCUAUCUAAAUAUAUAUGUAAUAUAUUACGUUAAGCAGUUAGCUAUUGGGUUUAAAUAAAUUGCCGUGCCAAAGUUAACGUGGUUUAACCAAUGAAUUUAUCAAAAUAUUUAUUUUGAUUUAAAAAUAAUAUUUAUUAAAGCUUUAUCAUACAGUUAUCUGGAAUUGAGAAUUUAAAAUCAUUGAUAUUUUAGGAAUUAUAUUUAUUUAGUGUUAAAUUAUUUUUUGUUAGUUCUGCCACAUUGAGAUAUGACCUAAAUAAAGAUAAAAAUAAAACCGUUUAAAAAUCGCAGGUAUCAUAAACUAGUCAAUCUAAACAAAUCCAACUGUUAGCAGAAUUAACUUUUACUGAAAAAUUAUACGUAAUUACUUUUUAUUUAAUUUAACUGUCAAGGAUUUACUUAGAGUUUAAGUUAUUAUUUUGAUAGUACUUUUAUAUCUGUAUUAAUAUCUAUGGACGCUAUAGAUAGAUAAUUGCUAUGCUAUUAUAUAUUAUAUAAAUGUUCAAGUAAUUAGUAGUACUGGUCUGUUUUUGCAGUCCAUCUCGUUUCCUUUGACAAUGUAUUGUAUGAGACAUUCCGCCGCUUUCUAUGUUUCCAUUGAUCGUCAUGUAUUAAACGUAUAUAAUAAUGUGAAAUACAUUAAUUAGUUAGUGUUAGUAUAUAACAAUAUAUUAUCAUUAACAUACAUAUGUAAUUAAUGUUACCAUAUCCGUUGUUAUGACACGGCAUAAUAUAUCUGUCUCCACUAGCCCCCCCCCCCACUCCUGGUCCCCACACCUAAGCUCUAUUCACUGUGAUAAACAUAAUUGUAAGAUUUAAAAGUAAAAUAUAAAAUUUAAAAAUCCAAAUAAAACGUUUGUAUAAUUUUUCUAUACUUCCGUCGUUUACGGCAGUUUUUUCGAUUGACGAUUGAAAAAUUUUAUAAACUUUAAAUAUCACAGUGAAUAACAAAAUAUUUAAUUCUAUGCCUAUUGUCCAAACCAUUUAGAUUUAAUUUGUUAAGUUUUAAUUUAUAUUGUAUCUUCUGGGGUCAGUUGUGUUUAGAUGAGAAUGUAUUAAAUUGUAAUUAAUUUGUACAAACUGACCCCACUCGAUUAUCCCACGUCUCGAUAAAAAUCUUACACUUUAAACAUUGAUUUAAAUAUUAUAUUGAAGUGUUUUAUAUUAUCGUAUACUAUGAUAUAUUUUAAUUUUAUCACGACUGUGCUGUUUUAUAUCUCAUAUAUUUUAUACCGAUGUCUCUAAAUAAAAUGUGAAGAAGA